GACAACAAUUCCCAUCAUCAACACUUGAGCGCAACAACAGCAACAGCAGCAACAGAAGCAGCAACAGCAACAGCAGCAACAACCAUGUUGCUGACGUCCCCAACAGCAGCAACUCAUUGCCUUGCUGCAACAGCAACUGCAACAACAACAACAACAGCAGCAGCAACAGCAGCAGGUGUUAAUGUUCAAAUUACUGGCAAAGGCGUUGCAAGCACUCUAGUCAACGAUCAACUGCAACUCCCAGCAAUUGCAGCAGCAGCAGCAGCAGCAGCGGCAACAUCAUCUGCUAAUUAUGCCGCUAACGUUGGCCAUUUGAAUGGCUUUAACCCUAAAGACAACUGCCCACCAGUUCCACCCACCAGCGCAACGAAGGAGGCUUUUGAGGGAUUACUGCGCCUGCCGCAGAUCCAAGUCAAGCAGGAGUUCAUGGAGGCCCUGCCUCCGGAAAGGGAAAGACCAAGAGCCAAUUGCCAUCCCGCCAUGAGCCAUCAUCAGCAAAUGGCACCAUCAGCGCUGGCUGCUACUACAAGCUGUCGUGGCAACAAAACAAUAUUAAAUCCCUGGUAUCUAAGGCCCGCCGAAGGCAUUGGAUAUCAUAAUUAUAAUAGUGCCGGGGACAAGGAUGUCAUCGCCAUUCCGCAGAUGAUGACUUCCGCCUGUAGCCGUCAGCAGCAGCAGACAUGUCUGCCGGUCUCUUAUUUUGGCAUGGAAACGCUGGUCAAGCAGCGUCAGAAAUCCCUGCCAGAAUUUCUAAUACCGCUGCACGAAAUUAUGUUCCAACAACAUCAUUACCAGCAAAGGACAAUGGGCACAUUAAUUAAUAGUCUGCCGGGCAGUUUGGUAGCCGGCGUCUAUCCUCCCAAAACGGAGACAUUCAAGUCGUUAACCCCACCGAAGCCACAGCAACAGCACCAGCACCACCAUCAUCAUCAUCAUCCCAAUGGUGACCACUUGUUCGUGAGGCAUUUCCACGAACGGGAUCGCCUUAUUCGGGAGCAUCAGCUCAAGCAGCAGCAGUUGCGGGACGAGGAGGAUAUCCUCCAGGAGCAGGAGCAGGAGCAAGAGCCUCGAAAAGAGCUUGAGCUGGAGCCGGAGCAGUCUCAGGAAGCUGAACAUAAACAUCAUUGGCAUGAGGUCGUUUGUGAUGGCAAUGGUCUGGCUAGAAAGCUGCUACCACCCACGACAAUGCAACCCACUGUUCUACCUAAGGAGGAGGUCCUGCCUCUACCCCAAUCCUCGCCAACUCCAGCAGCUCCGCCCAAGGACCACGACAUUUACGAGCAACCAACACCAAACGGUCGACAUUGUCGUCCCGUCAACAAAGUUAUGCGGCACAUGUCCAACUCACCCACACCGCCCUCACCGCUGCGCUCACUAUCAGACUGCGGCAAGAGUUUUGAGGAGGAGGAACUUGAACUGGGCGAGAACUGCGUCGAGAUGCCACAGAAUCUAAGCAGCAAGCGCCAGGCCCGUGAUCUGGAUCCAGAGCUGGAGAACGAGGUCCUGGACUUGGCUCCACCGCCAAAGAGAUUAGCUGAAAUCAAGCAGGAAACGGUGAAGGAGGAAGAGGAGCUGGAGCCCAGUGUGGUGCCACCACAGCCCAUGAAUUUUGCGCCCGAGGAAAUGCAUCAGGCGCUGCAGCUUCAGUUGCAUAGUUACAUCGAAAUGGUCCGGCAACUGGCUCCCGAGGCUUUUCCCAAUCAAAACCUGGCAUCACAGUUUCUGCUCCAGAAUUCUCUGCAGGCCCUGGCCCAGUUUCAGGCACUACAGCAGAUAAAGCAGCAGCAGAGGGAGGAUCAUCCGCCCAGUUAUUCCACGCCGUUGGCCAAGUCUCUAAGAAGUCCCUCCCUGAGUCCUGUGCCAGGCAGCAGCAAGUCCCAGCAGCGGACGCCCCCCAACUCGAUGACUGCCAAUUCCCUGGGACUGAGCAGUGCUGUGAUGACUCCAAAUACACCCAGCAUGCAGCAGCAUCAGCAUCAGCACCAGCAGCAGAGU